AUGGAAUAUUAUUAUAAAUUAAGAAUUGUCGAUAUUUCAUCAAAUCAUUUUAUAAUAUGUCGACAAAAUCGAGAAUCAGAGAAAAAAAAUCAAUGCGUUAGAGAGCGUACUAUGAUAUCUAAUCUCCAAUGUGCCUUACUUGCAUUUAUAGCAACCAAAGCAGAAAUAGAACUAACAAAACAAAAGAAACAGAGUAAACUUAGUCGCGAAUUCUUAUGUGUUAAUUUUAUAAACUUUAGUGAAGAAUUGUAUACUUUCGAUGUCAAAAAGUAUGUGAAAAUUAGGCUUAAUGAAAAGCUGAAUUUAUUUAUCAAAAAUGGCUUUAAUGCAACAACAGCACAUCGUAAAGUAGUAAAUGAAAAAAAGAGAGAAGUUUUGCAUUUAUUGGAAGAUAUAUUAUUUAACGAAGGUUUUGUGGUAUAUUACGAGAAUGAAAACAGAGAAGGUAUACGAGGAAACGUUUUUAUUCAAAUGCCCGAUGGAAGAAUUAUAGAAAGAGAUAUGAUCAUUAAUUUAGGAACAAAAAUAUGGAAUGACUUCAACAUAGUAUGGACAAAGAAAGUGGGUGACAUAGGAACGCAAAUACAGUGGCUGAAAGGUGGACUUCCUUCAAAAAACACUCGCGGCAAUUAUUUUUUUGGUAAACGGGGUGAGGGUGGGAAAGGACGGUACCGUCUUUACAUUCAAAAUUAUUAA